GGAGCAGCUGCUGACGGAGCUGGAUGACUUCCUGAAGAUCCUGGACCAGGAAAACUUGAGCAGCACAGCCCUGGUGAGGAAGAGCUGUGUGGCCGACCUCCUGCGCCUGUACACCAAGAGCAGCAGUUCUGAUGAGGAAUACAUUUACAUGAACAAAGUGACCGUCCACAAGCCACAGAAUGCUGACUCGCAAGACCAAGCACCCCUGGAGCAGGACCCACUGACCAAUGGGGAGCCCAGCCAGCAUGCGUCGGCCCCGCAGAAGACCCUUCCAGACCUCCCACCACCCAAGAUUAUUCCAGAAAGGAAGCAGCUCACUGUCCCGAAGAUUGAGUCCCCGGAGGGCUACUAUGAAGAGGCAGAGCCAUACGACACAUCCCUCAAUGGUCAUUCUGGCGGUUUUUCGCCUCCUGAAGUUCUCAGAUGGGGGCAGGUGCCCGAAGGAGUCAUUUAUGCGACCAUCACCUUGGAGGACGGCGAGGCCGUGAGCAGCUCCUACGAGUCCUACGAUGAAGAGGAAAGCAGCAAGGGCAAGGCGGCCCCCUACCAGUGGCCCUCACCUGAGGCCAGCAUCGAGCUCAUGCGCGAUGCCCGCAUCUGUGCCUUCCUGUGGCGGAAGAAAUGGCUGGGCCAGUGGGCCAAGCAGCUGUGCGUCAUCCGGGACACCCGGCUCCUGUGCUACAAGUCCUCCAAGGACCACAGUCCUCAGCUAGACGUGAACUUGGUGGGCAGCAGCGUGGUGCACAAGGAGAAGCAAGUGCGGAAGAAGGAGCACAAGCUGAAGAUCACGCCCAUGAACGCCGACGUGAUCGUGCUGGGCCUGCAGAGCAAGGACCAGGCUGAGCAGUGGCUCAGGGUCAUCCAGGAGGUGAGUGGCCUGCCUUCCGAGGGCACGUCUGAGGGAAACCAGUAUACCCCGGAUGUCCUGCGCCUGCCUGGCCACAGACCAGACAUAGCUGAGAAGUACCUGUCAGCUCCCGAGUGCGGGAGCCCCAUGGAUGGCCACCCCGAGACCACAGAGACCAAAGAUGUCAAGAAGAAAUGUUCUGCUGGCCUCAAAUUGAGCAACCUCAUGAACCUGGGCCGGAAGAAGUCCAGCUCCCUGGAGCCACCAGAGAGAUCCCUGGAGACAUCCAGUUAUCUGAACGUGCUGGUCAACAGCCAGUGGAAGUCACGCUGGUGCUCCGUCAGGGGCAAUCACCUGUACUUCUACCAGGACCGGAACCGGAGCAAGGCAGCCCAGCAGCCCCUCAACCUGGUGGGCUGUGAAGUGGUCCCAGACCCCAGCCCUGACCACCUCUACUCCUUCCGCAUCCUGCACAAUGGCGAGGAGCUGGUCAAGCUUGAGGCCAAGUCUUCCGAGGAGAUGGGCCACUGGCUGGGCCUCCUGCUGUCCGAGUCAGGCUCCAAGACAGACCCAGAAGAGUUCACCUACGACUACGUGGAUGCCGACCGGGUUUCCUGCAUUGUGAGCGCAGCCAAGAAUUCCCUCUUACUCAUGCAGAGGAAGUUCUCAGAGCCCAACACGUACAUCGACGGCUUGCCCAGCCGCGAUCGCCAGGAGGACCUGUACGAUGACGUUGAGGUGUCGGAGCUCACAACAGUGGUGGAACCUGCCGAGGAAGCCACCCCUGCCGCAGGUAUCCCAAAUGAGAGUGAGCAUGACCGAGUAUACCUGGACCUCACACCCAUCAAGUCCUUCCUGCACAACUCCGGUGGGAUACAGGCCCGGGCUGCCUCCCCCACCCCACCCCACCCAGAUGGCCGGGCAGAGGACCUCCCUGUUGACCCAAGUCCCGGCCGUGACCUGGAUGAGCCCUGCACAACAUUGGCUGAGAACCUGGAAGAGCAGCGGCUGGGGAGUUUGGAGCCAGAUGAUGCUUCCCCAAGAAUCACCACAGUCAGAAUCCAGAGUGAACAGCAGAUCUCCUUCCCCGCAAGCUGCCCUGACCCCGUGGCUGCCACCCUAGCUGGCAGCAGCCCACCUGUCAAGGACAGAUCACGGGUGAACAGCGCAGAGAUCAAACUUGGCAAGAAUCGCACAGAGGCUGAGGUGAAGCGGUACACGGAGGAGAAGGAGAGGCUGGAGAAGCAGAAGGAGGAGAUCCGGGGACACCUGGCUCAGCUGCGGAAGGAGAAGCGGGAGCUGAAGGAGACGCUGGGCAGGUGCACAGACAAGGGCGUCAUGGCCAGCCUGGAGCAGAAGCUGAGGGAGAUAGACGAGGAGUGCCGGGUCGAGGAGAGCAGGCGUGUGGACCUGGAGCUCAGCAUCAUGGAGGUGAAGGACAACCUGAAGAAGGCCGAGGCGGGGCCCGUGACUCUGGGCACCACAGUGGACACCACCCACCUGGAGAGUGUGAGCCCCCGCCCCAAAGCUGCCGCCACUCCCACCCCUGCACCUGACUCUACUCCAGUCAACUCUGCAACAGCCCUCAAGAACAGGCCUCUCUCGGUCAUGGUCACAGGCAAAGGCACCGUCCUUCAGAAAGCCAAGGAAUGGGAAAAGAAAGGAGCAAGUUAGGAGACAAGCUUCGUCUAAGGACUCUGGCAGCAACACGGACCUUGGUGACAAUCCUGCUUCGUGACAGUCUUUGUGUGAAAGCAGCCACUCCGAAAGGGUGAGUGUGUCUAGAAGAAAUAGGAUGUAGACUGUGGAGCAUUUCAGAGAGAAGGCAGAAACAAAAACCGAGCUGGAGAGAAGAAUUCCACGAGGAAGGGCUGCUGCUUUGGGGACCUCGGUCUGCUGGAUGUCGUCAAGCCUUCUAUUUAGGGAUGUUCUGUGUUUCUUUGUCCAAAAUUGCCAACCUUUGCUUUAGCGAGGCUUUUAAGGAGGGAAAAGCUGGGAGAAAGAAGUCAAGCUCACAUGGCUUUGCUGACUGAGAAGGUUGAAACUCCUGUUAUUUCCUAGCCCAGUACUUGGUAGCUUUGGGGGUUAAACCAUCCUCGCCUUCAAGCUCUCUCUCUCUCGUUUUGUGGGCCCACAUCAGUCUUCAGUGAUUUUUUUAAACAGCCAUGGUCUGGCCUGUGGAAAACCGUCUGACAGGGUAAUAUCUGGGACCAAGCUGAGGCACAGACCCGACCACGUUAAGGAUCUGUUUCUUGAAGCAACUUCCUUUAAAUACAAGUGUAAAUGAUGUCACGUAACAUAGGAAGUAUAAAAAUCUUGUAAUUUAGAAUAGUGAAAUGUACUUUCUUGCAAUUUAACUGACAUUUUUACAUUAUCAUAAGAAAAAAUAUCACCCCCUGUUUACAGAUUCAGCCCUGUGGCCAGGCCAUUUUUAGGGGAACAGUUAUUUAAUGCCACGCUGUUAGUCCCCAGGAAGGGAGAGGGGUGGGCUUGCUCUCCUCCUGCAGGCAGCAGUGCUGCCUCUGUCUUUUCCUCAGAUGGGAUCCUUUCACACAGGUUGGAUCAUUUCACCUGUUAGCAUCUCUGCCUCGGUUCUGAAUUCCAGUUCUCUAAUAGUGGCUCCUGAGAACAAAGGUCUCCUUUUUUUUUUUAGAAAAUUCUAAUUCCAGGGCAUUUGUUUCCUUUGUCAUAAACACUUGGUGACCUUUCAUCAAGUGGUGGGUUAGAUUUUUGUUUUGUUUUUUUAAAUAAAAAUUUCCUUGUA